AUGUCCAUUUCUCAUCGUCUACAACAACCUGUUCUCCGAUCGACUACCCAUAUUCGGUACCACGACGAAGAGCAAAUGGCUUCGCAUAUCGCAAACAUGCUCCACGUCUUAAUCCAGACCCUCUGGCUGUUAUCUGGAGCCCAGGCAUUUGUACUCUUCCCAGCGGCCAGUGUAAGCAACUACAACUCUUACUGUGCUGCAGCUCUGUCCACCAAUGUGACAGCCUGCAGCAAUCUGGUGGCGGCCUUUGACCCUGAUGAAACAUACACACCGGCUCUGCUCCAACAGCAUUGCACAGAGGAUUGCCGGGCUGCUUUGGGCCAGUGGACAAAGAAUAUAUCUGACGCUUGUUAUGGGGUGAAGUACAAAGACGACUUUACUGGUGUCUUUCUGCACAUCUCAGCCAUGCCGGGCAAGAUAUGGCACAACUUCAAUCAGACCUGUUCGAUGGAUGCGGGCCAGUACUGCAAUGUGGUUCUGGGCAAACUGCGAGCGACUGCCACUGGCACACCAUGUGCGAAAUGCCUUCUCGUGAAGAUGUGGAAUAAUGCCUUAUUUCCUUACGGCAAUGGACCCCUGGGUCGCUCCCGAAGUGAUCUUGCGAGUUAUACCUCGUUGUGUAGCUACACUGGCUAUUCUGUGCCCUCAACGACAACCGCGUCUUCUCCAGCUUCUUCCAGCAUCCCCAAGCCAACCGUGACUUGCGACGGAACACGAUACGCAAUUCAACCAGGUGAUAACUGUACCUCGAUUUCUUUACAGCAAAGUAUCGCGACGAUCUGGCUACUUCUCGACAACAGACUCACCGCAUACUGCCGCGACUUUCCCACGAAUGGCACCCUUUGCCUGGUGAACAAGUGCAAGGUAUACACAGUUCGGCCCGGAGACACCUGUGGGCGAAUUGCCAGUGGUCACAAUAUCAGCGUAGCACAAUUCCGAGACUGGAACCCCAACAUCGACAUCGGCUGCUACAAUCUCAAGCAGUGGGUUGGAUAUCAGGUCUGUGUCGACGUGCCUGGGCCCAAGUAUAUUGCCCCUACUUCAGUUCCAUGGUUGACCAAGUCCUACUCCACUGCGGCUCCUGUGCCAACCGGCCUGGCCAACAACAGCACACGCAACUGCGGGAGGUACCAUCUAGCUGUGCGAGAAGACUCUUGUAGCACGUUGGCUCGGACGUUUGGUGUUACAUUCGAGGACUUGAGCAUCCUCAAUCCGAGUAUCAAUCAAAAGUGGCUGUACCAACCUGGAAGUCAACAAGAGCUAUUGAAUUUACCCGUCGAAAAUUAUCCUGACUCCCCUGCAUAUACUGGUCGGUUCGAAGCGACGUCGACCAUUCCUUGGGACUCAUAUCCAGACUCCACGUAUACCCCCUCGUGGUUCUAUGAUCUGCCUAUCGCCCCAAGGACACCGACGGACUGCUGGACAUACUUGGACGGACGAGACCUUCAUCUACGCAGAGAAGGAUUCAGCGACUGUGCCGCCGUAGCAGCUUUAUGGAGCCUCAAUCUCACCCAGCUCGCAGCGUGGAAUCCAUCCUUGAACAUCUCAUCCCCAAAUUGCACCUUCUUGGAUGACUUUCGGUACUGCCUGUCGGAGAAACUGCGUUUUCCCUUGCACACACCAGAGGUGGGGACCUCUUCUAGCGCAUAUCCAACCAAGUCAUCCAGCCCAUCCCCCGUAUUGUCAACCCCAAACUCAAGCACAAGUACAUCCCGCAGCCCAGGCACAACGACCACAAACAUGCCCCCCGGCCCCUCUCCCACCCACCCCCACAGCAUUUCUCGCAACUGCAAUCAGUACGCCAAGGCCGUGCAGGGGGACUACUGCGUCCAAUUCGCCUAUAACCACGGCAUCAAGCCCGAGCAACUAUAUGAUUGGAACCUUGUGUUGGGAAAGAAUGGCACACAGUGUACGUAUGGUUUGCAAGCCGAAGUCUGGUACUGUGUUGGUGUGCGGAUACCCUCGCCGGUGGAAGCGUCUGGGAUACCAGGGAAUUGUGACCUAUACGCGAAGGCUUUGGGUGGUGAGCUAUGUACUGGGUUUGCAGGUCGAAACCAUAUCCAACCGAGCCAGUUGUAUGCGUGGAAUGCGGUGCUCGGGAACAACGGAGAGAGAUGCGGUGCGGCGAUGAUGGAAGGCGUCUACUUCUGCACUGGGAUCAACGAUGGGACCAGCUCCUUGUCUGCGUAG